AUGAUGCGCAGAUACUGCUCCUGUCACCACCGCCAGCCACUGCCCCGACCUUCUGCCGUGCUGGGGCUGUUGCUGCUGUUGCUACCACUCGGUGAUGGAGGCGGGGUGGAUCAUCCUAUCAACUAUUCUCCACCCCCACCCCUGGUCCUUGGAUCUCCCCUGGCAGCAGCUGCACCAGGCACAGGGGGCUGUGACACCAUAUACCAGGGCUUCGCCGAGUGUCUCAUCCGCUUGGGGGACGGCAUGGGUCUUGGAGGCGAGCUGGAGACUGUCUGCAGGUCUUGGAAUGACUUCCACAUCUGUGCCUCCCGAGUCCUGUUGCAUUGCCCAGAAGAGGCUGCCGCUGUGUGGGAGUCACUACAGCAAGAAGCUCGCCGGGCUCCACACCCAGAUAACUUGCAUGCUCUGUGCAGCACCCCUGUGAGUGUUAGGGAGCAUGGCACAGGCCCUGAGACCAACCAGGAGACGCUGCAGGCAAGAGCAGCUGCACCCACCCCAGCCCCGACACCCCCACUGCUGGCGGCUGCUCUGGCGUUCGCCUGCCUCCUAGGCCCUCUGGCCUAGCCAGUCUGGUGAAAUAGCAGCACCUGCCUCCUACCCUGCUCUGGUGGCUGCUGUCGGAACUCUGCAGAGUGCCCUUGGCUUUCAUUAAAGGUAUUUAUAUUUGUACUAAGCUCCUUCCUUUCUUCUGGCCUGAGCGCUGCUUGGCUGGGGCAGAACCUCCAGAAGCUAAUCCCCACGACUGGAAGGGUGGGGCUGUGGCCACCACAGGGGACUCCAUCUCUCUACUUACAGACACUCAUUUCCCAGCGCUGGCUGUGCAGAGUUUUCCAUUGUGUGUAGGUUCCAGGAGCUCUGGUGGAUGCACAGCCUUCCUCUGCUCCCCUCCCCCGGGGCUGGCAUUUCUACCCCUGCCUGCCCCUCCUAUUCUGACCCCUGUGGGCCCUGUGAGGGGGAGAAGUGUACCGCCCCCUCACCCCUCAAGCCAGUUCACCCCCAUCCCCAUGUUCGUUCCAGCCUCCACGUUCCUGCCAGCUCUGCUAACUACCACCUUAGCCUGCAAAACAGAUUAAGCGCUCUGUCCUCUCCCUUUCUGGGGUCCUGGUCUACCUGAGGGGAGCCUCUUCCAGAAGGUGGAGAAUCCCUGUUGGGGUCUAUAUUCAAGUCCCUGAGGUCACCUGCAGCUGCAAUCCCAGAAGACUUGCUGGAAGCAUGGAAUGAGUGUGUGGUGUGUAAGGAGACCCUGUUCAUCCUGAUGGAGAAAAGCAAGAAUCUGUUUGGCAGAACCCUGAGGGAAGGAGUCCCAGAGAGGGUGAGACCCUCUCUCAAUCGGUCUUCUGCCUCCGCCUCUAGGACCUUACUCCAAGCCACCACCCCAUGACUUGGGUGGUGCUCUGCUCUCACUCCCUCUGCUUUACUCUAUGGGGCAGCAUAAGCCAGCUCUGCCCAUAGUUGAUUCAGUCCCCUCCUGAGACUCCCCUCUGUCUGAGCUUGGAGCAGGAUGGACAUACAAGUCCUUGGCAUCAGGAGAGGCUUUGGGGAAGGCAUGUGACAGGGGUGAUAGAGGAGGUCGGUCUGUGAGACUUGCAGGUAGUGGAAGAGAGAUGGGGCUGAGUUGGAGAGGGCUUUACAAGAGAAGCUCAAGGAAAUCAGUGGAGGAAUCUAGAGUUGGCAGACUAGAUUUACACUAAAGCCCAUGCUGGGGGGCAGGUGCCUUAAGGGACCUUUGUUUGGUAGGUGACAGGUGCCUCCAGAGACCUUCAUCCUCGUAUAUAGAAGCGCUACUUCAUCCAUUCUUCCCAAGCCCCUUCCCAUUCCAGUUAGCUCAGAUACUCAAUCAGCUCUCUCUGCCUUACCUUUGCUCCUCUGCCUCAUUCACCUGUACCUUUAUCUUCACUUCUAUCUCCCAACCAGUUAGUUGCCCAUCUUCUCACAUCACCUGAAGGAGAAAGUUCAGAAGAAAAUCCCUCUCACAUCUGCUCCACUUUGACCACCAGAAUUUUCCAGAAGGAAAGGCCAGGCUUUUAUCUCCUUGGUUCUUUGUAUAUUUAUUAUCUGUACUCAGAAUGCCCUUCCCCAUAUCCUCCUGGUGAACUCCUGUUCUUGUUCAGUAUCACCUUCCUAAUCCUGACUUUGAACCUGAAUCAGAAGCUUCCUACAGGUCCAUACAGCUCCCCAGUUGUCUUCUGUCUCAGUACUGAUUUUUUUUUUUAAUUUACGAUAGUCAUACAGAGAGAGAGAGAGGCAGAGACACAGGCAGAGGGAGAAGCAGGCUCCAUGCACCGGGAGCCUGACGUGGGAUUCGAUCCCAGGUCUCCAGGAUCGCGCCCUGGGCCAAAGGCAGGCGCCAAACCGCUGCGCCACCCAGGGAUCCCCUCAGUACUGAUAACACAGGCUUGUUACUGUCUGGGUCCGGGUCAGAAUUCUCCACUGUGGACUCCGCAAGGCCCCUCUGUAUGUCUCUAGCACCCAACUUAGGGGCUGGGUAUAAAGAGUACCCUUGCAGAAGCGUGUGGAAUCAAAGACAAUCUCUU